AUGCACUGCCUCGUCCUCUUCCAACUCACAAACAACGAGACGGCGCUCGACAACCUGGCGGCAAACCUCUACGGCUGCGGCAAAAUUUCGAUUUUUCGGCGGACAUAUACGCAACAAGACGUGGACAACAUAAAGGCGUCUGCAUUUGACAUUGUCGAAUGCUUUAGUCACAGCAACGAUUACGUGGAUCUUAUUGUUGCAAAAGGAGAGCUGGAUAUCAAGCCGGCGGCGGAUGGAGAAGAAGAGCAGUGGUUUGAUGAUGUUUUCAAGUGUUCAAAGUUUCCGAGGGGAAGGUUUAAGCCGGAGAAAAGGGAGGAGGAGGAGGCGAGUUGA